UUGACAGGACUUUUGUCAAUUCAAACGUCCAAGCUCUAGACAUUUAUUUUCAAAGCUAGCCUGACUAGAGUGUGUAUAGAUGUAUAUACUUACUAUUUAUUCUCUAACGAGGCGGUUAUAUUUAUUAAAGAUGAGCAUAAAGUGAAGUUUUGGUCGGAUAUCAGAUGUCUGGUUGGGUUAGUGUUUAGUAUCAAGUGCACUGUUAACCUAAAUAUUUCAUCAGCACCUGUUCAAUAUGUGGCCAAUAAAUAACUCUUCAACUUCCUGUUAAAAUUGUUUAUUUUUUAAUGAGAUUUAUUAACAUGACUGUUGGUGAGGGGAGUAUAUGAGCAUAUUCAUUAUUAUUUCUGGGCUGAUUUGACUUUAAGGCAUUAUGGAGUUGAUUGUGUGUCAGAAAUAUGAAAAAUGACAAGCAAGUACAGUAUAUAGCAAAAUACAUUUUACAGAAUAGGCAUGGACAUGCAGAUGGUAUGAAUAAAUAAAUAAAUUGCACAUUUAAAAAAAAAUUCCUCAUGCUCUUUUUGUUUGAAAAAUUUGCAGAUUUUCUGGGGUUUUUUGUUCUGUUUGUAUUGUAGCCUGUAUACAGUAUAUUAUGUAAUGUAGCUUAAUUUUUGUUGUUUCUACCAUUUUAUUUAUAUUAUUUGACUUUAUAGACUUGGAGACUAAGAGUGGUGUUUUUUUUUUUUUUUUACAGACUCCAUUCUGGGCUCGUUUGUUGGUGAUCUAAUAAUCACAGGGGUGGUUUUUUUUCCAAACUUUGGCUCGAUUAAGCCGUUCCAUCCGUAAUUUUUGUGCGUUCAGGUUUGCAAAAUGGUCGUUUCAUCCGUUUUCUGUUUUUUAAUUCUUUUCCAACACUCAAUGGCACCUUUUGGAUGCGUGGGAUGUUGUUGUGCAGGAAUACCUGCUAACAUGGAGUCGGUCUGGUAUACAGUGGGGGAAAUGAGUAUUGAAGAAAAAAAAUCAGUAAAUAUAUUUCCAAUGAGGCUAUUCACAUGAAAUUUUCACUAGACUUUGGUAUUAACUCAAGAUAUCCAGACAUAUAAAGAAAUCCAAACAUUAAUGUCAGUAAAUGAAGUUAUGUGAAAUAAAGUGGAAUGACACAGGAAAAAAAGUGUUGAACACGCUGAGAAAAAGCAGUUCUCCAAGGCAAGGAACCAGCAGAAGUUAUUAUACCACCUAUCUGUGCAAUUGAAUAUCAGCUGGGUUAAUAAAUUAAGGGUCUAUAAAAAGGCUUUUUGUUACCAAGGUGUCACACAAGAAACAUCUCAUGAUCGGUAAAAGCAAAGAGUGUUUUUGGGAACGUUGUGGUCAAAAAUGCAUGAUUUUGCUGCGACUAUUUUCAAAAUUUUGUUCAAUUUGCUGUGCUUUUUGUAUUUUUUUUUUUUUUUUCCGUAAAACUACUUGACUUGGCGCAAUUGCACGAAAUUGCAGUGAUGUUUGUUGGUAAAUGAGACCUUUUAGCUGCACUCAUUUUUGAUGAACGUGAAUUGAAGAGGUUUUUGGCUGCAUGCAUGUUGUGAUUACGUCACAUGACUCGUCUCGGCCCAAAUCUGUGGAAAAUGUGCUGUAAUUUGGAAAAAUUGCAAGCUCUUCCAAAUAUAGGAGAGUUAACUUGAGUUUGCGUUGAUUUCUGCGAUCGCAAAAUCGUGACAUCCUGGAAGGACCGUUAAAGGAGGUUUUUUAGCCGUGAAGGCUGAUCUUGGGCAGCUCCGGUCCUGCGAAUGUCUUGUUUUAUGCAUCAAGAACAAUACCAAGUCUUCCCCCAGCAUCUCAAAAGCGUUAACAAUAAAUGACAUGACCAGCUGAGCCAAUCACGUUAGUUGAAAUGUGGCUGCAAGCGUGGAUACCCUUCCACACCUGAUGCAAUAUGGUUGAAGGGAACCCCAUAUUGAACCCCAGUCCCAGGCUUGAAAACAGCAUUCACGCUUCAAUAAUCGUACCAAACGCCGUGCUCCACAGGCCCAGAGCCCAGGAAAAAAAUGUAAGUGUUACAGCUACACAAGUUAUAGACUAUUCAUGAUUGAUUGACAAGUUUGUGGGAAAGUGACACAUUGCUUCCUAUCUUCUCGUUUAUAUGGAUAUGUUCUCGAGCCAUAGAUCAGUCCCUCUAGAAUUUUGCGACUUGCCGAUCGCAGAAUUAACGCAAAAUCAAGAAAACGCUACAAAAUUUAGAAGAGCUUGCAACCUUUCAAAAUGACCACAGAUUUUCGUCAGAUCUGGGCCAAGACGUGUCGUGACGUCAUCACGACACACGUUCAGCCAAAGCCCUCUUCGAUUCAUGCGCGUUGAACAUGAGUACAUCUAAAAGGUCUCGGUUACCAACAAACAUCACUGCGAAAGAUCAUGCAGAACAAUUUUGUGCACUUGCAACUUUCGCCAAUUCGUGUAGUUUUCUGCAAAAAAAAGCACAAAAAAACUCCUUGUGACACAAAUUUUUGGCCGCAACAAUCACAAAAAGAAAACUCCAUGAAAUCCUGUAUGGACUGAUGGAUAUGCAUCCAGUCCUUGUAUCAGUAUAUCAUUAGGUCCAGUUGAUCACCACAAGUGGACAAAUCAUAAAUUCAGGUAUCUUACCAAGCAAGUACAAGCUCAAGUCAGUGUGCCGCCCAGUCACAUGUUUGGGUUUUACUGCAACCUAACGAACGAGGCUAAAACAUGUGCACCUCUGUUUAGCCGUACCGAGGUGGCCACCUGAGUGUCGCUGAAACCUUGUUCCUUCUUCAAGACCUCAUCGUUCAGCUGUUUACAGAGGUGUUGGUGUAUUGCACCCAUUUCUGGUUUUCUGUACAUUUUCAUGGCAGUAAAAUGAGAUCGCAGCACUAGGUUGAAAGUAACCUGUGGGGAAGUCGUUUCUUUAUGGCCGUAAGACACACGAAGCGUAGAAGCACUAACCCAAUUAUGAUCGCUGAUUAUUUCCUGUUCCAAUCCUCUGAUGUACUAUACAUAUAGAACGUGCAUGUUGUUGACUGAUAGGACAACCAUUAAUGCAGUUGAGCAAAGGACCCGAACCGUCUCUCAUCCCAACCUGUGAGUUUUUGCAUAACUUGGCGACAGGAGCUUGCAGGGAGUCAGCUCGGUUACUUUCACAUACAGUGGAGGAAAUAAGUAUUGGACACGUCAAACAUUUAAUUUGAUUUUUUUUUUUCAGUAAAUAUAUUUCCAAUGAGGCUAUUCACAUGAGAUUUUCACCAGACAUCAGUAUUAACUCAAGAAAUCUGGGAAUAUAAAGAAUUCACAACGUUUAAAAGUCCAUAAAUAAAGUUAUGUGUAAUAAACAUAUGACGCAGGAAAAAAGUAUUGAACACGCUUUUCACGAUUUCAAAGGUGUUCAGUAGGGUUGAGGUCAGGGCUCUGUGUAGGACGACAGAGUUCUUCCGCUCCAACCUUGGUGAACCAUGUCUUCCUGGAGCUUGUUUUGUGCACUGGGGCAUUGUGAUGCUGGAACAGGUUUGAGUUCCAGUGAAGGGGAAAUUGUAAUGCCACAGCAUUCAAAGACGUUCUACACAGUUGUGCUUCCAACUUUGUAGCAACAGUUUGGGGAAGAACCACAAAUGGGUGUGAUGGUCAGGUGUGGCCAUAUAGUGUAGUCUGUAUGAAAGGUUUAUCCUAGUCAUUUAUUUUCUUUUAACAUAAGAGCCCAUGUUACAGCCCCAGCAGACACGCUUAUCCAGAGAGACGUACAUUUAUCUCAUUUAUACAUCUGAGCGAUUGAGAGUUAAGUGCCUUGCUCAAGGCCCCAACAGUUGCAGCUUGGCAGUGCUGGGGUUUGAACUCACGACCUUCUGAGCAGUAGACCAACGUCUUAACCACUUUUCUACCGCUGCCCCGAACAUGUCCCUUUAAAUCUGCACCCGUCUCGAGUCACAUCAGGCAAGUUUCAGUCUCCUACUUUCGUGUGAACUUUCCCACACACCCUCCUUCCUUCAUGUCCAAGCACCAGCAGUUUCCAGGAGCGUACUGCUGACUUAUAAGGGCCGUGCUGUAUAUCAGCAGAGAAGAUGACAAAAAUACUCCAGCGCAGUGGCGUCACGGUCAAGUGGUCCGGCGAAGUUCACCCAGUGCGACAGCAGAGUUUCACCACAGCCAUGAGGAGAGCUUUACAGCCCUGAGGGAUUUGGCUCUGUGUUGAAUGUCAUAAUUAGUGCUAGUCAUCUGCAGAAAGCAAUAAGCUCCUGUGGGAGGCUCAGAGCUUUAUGUCGGAACUGGGGGUCUUUCUGCUCUCGCUCAGUCAUUUGCCAGUCUCAGUAAUAACUUUACGCAGGAGAAGAUUAACGUGGCUCUUUAAUAGUCCAGUGCAAGUAACUUUUAUACCACAGCACGAUUCUGAUUCGUCGGGAGGUGUGGAUUGACUUACUAUAACUGCAGUCCUGAGAGUGGAUCCGUGUGUAAUUCAAAUCACAGGUUUAUAUUAAAGUUUGCUUUAAUGCAUUAUUGUUUCUAUACUAACGAUUCAUGAAGGCACUUGUAUGGCAGGCAUUAUUUUAGAAUUCAAAAUCUAUAUAAAGGUGGAGGUUGGUCUGGUGAAAAUGUUUUAUUUAACGUUGAUGAUGAAAGAAGACUUUAGUGUAAGCACUUUGACAUAAAUCUGCUCCUUUGAUUUUUCCGUCACGGGAAAGUCUUCAGGACGGAGGAAUUUUAUGCUUUUUUGCGGUCAUGUAAAAGAAAAAAGUAGUACUCGUCACAAUACCGAUACUCACCUGCUAUUUAUUUAUUUUCAUUAAAGAGGACUAUGUUUUAAAAUUUUAGUUUGAAGAACUUGCAUACUAAUACAUACAUGGCUAAAAACAGGACUUGCGAUGAAUGAAAAAAACAUCGCUUUGUUUACUCUUUCAUCGGUCCGUACAGGAUUUCGUACAGGACGCGUCUUGGCCUAAAUUGGCGGAAAAUCUGCGGUAAAUUUGAACAUUUGCAAGCUCCUCCAAAUAUUGUGCUUGAUUUUGCGUUCAUUUCUGCGAUCGUAAAAAUGCAGGAAUCUGAUUGGUUCCAUCUCUAGUGUAGUGACCAGCUGCAUUUUAUCCCCUUCUUAUUAACACAGAGAGACAGACAGAGGCAGGUAGGUGAAGGAAUGAGUGUUUAUAGCUGCUAUAAUGUAAGUGAUAACAGGAGCUCAUUUGUUUUCCUGACGUUCCACAAUGUUGAAUGUAACUACAAAAACAUCGACCUUAAUAAAUACACAAUUGGCAUUGACAUUGGGACAAAUCUAACCUCUGCUAAUGUGGUGGGGGAGCUAUCAUAGCUAGCAACAGCGGCUAGUAUGCCAUGCUAAUGUGGUGGAACAGCUAGCGACAGCAGCUAGUAUGCCAUGCUAAUGUGGUUGGAGAGCUAUCAUAGCUAGCAACAGCGGCUAGCGUGCCAUUGUGACCAUUUAAAACGCACGUCUCAGCAUUUAGUACGUAUAUUCAGCACUUGUCUCUGGCUGCUGUCAUGUGUAACGUGAUCCUUUUGCACACGUGUGCACAUAUGCAUGUGUUUUAGCUUCUGUAAACAAAGAUAACAAAUCUUUCGAGAUUUAAUAAGGAACCUACACAGCCUUUUCAGACACAUUUCACUUUCUUUUGGAGGUAACAGAUUAGGAAAAGGGUUGCUCCUUUAUUUGUAACUUGCUCUGAAUGUGUCUGAGUUUAUGUACUAUAAAAUUUAUUUUAUUUAUUUAUUUUUUUGUUAAAUCUAAAUGACUCCGCAUUACCCCAGAGAGUACCACAGCUCUAAUCUACGUCUACCCCUGCGGGUGCAUAGUGCAGAUUAGCAGGAUCGCAUUCAAACAGUCUCGGCAUACCGGAAAAGCCUAAAUCCAAAGUAAAUACAAGUCGCCUUUUCCACCGUCGCCACCCUGCUAUUUGAAUAGUGCAGCUGGUGCACGUGAUUAACAUUCGAGCAGAAGCAUGUGCAUAAUUCUCUGCUUCCUGUUGGGUCUAAAAAUUGCAAAUAAUUAGCAGGAAGUUAACCAGGAUAUUGUUUUAUUGAUAAUUUGCAGAUGUUCAGUCCUGUGCAAAAGUUUUAGGCACUUUAUUUGUUUGUUUGUUUGUUUAUUUAUUUAUUUAUUUAUUUAUUUAUUUUUAAUAUAAUCUUUGUAUAGAUUUAUUUAUUUAUUUAUUUAUUUUAUGACCGCUACAUUAUCGAGUCAGUACAAAACCACUGUAGAAUCCCAAACAUUAGUUUUCCAGCACAAAAUGAAAUGUUUCAGAAAAAUGUUUGUAUGUCAGUAAAGAAAGCAGCAGAUUACGUAUGAGACAUUUUUCAGACAAAAAAACACAAUGAAGGCUGCUGAGUUUUGCUGCAAAAAUAAGAAGCGAGUGUGACAGUCAAAGUCUCCAGAAGAACUGUGUCUGUUUCUGCAAGAUGCUCAAUAAAACUUACAGCUCAUUUCCUUAUAAAACUGCACUAAUUAUACCGGAGACUACUGUUUUUAUUUGUAUUUUUUUGUCACACCAAAUAUUGACUUUGUUUCAUUUACUACUGUUUACUGAUCUUUACGGUAUUAUUUUUUUCAAAUGUAGAAACAUUACAUUUCAUUUCAUCAUUUUGAAGGAAUCUUUGCUCUACAGCAUUUCUACAGCUUAAACCUUUUUUGCACAGUACUGUAUCAGUAGGCGAAGUGUUACAAGCCAGAAGGAUUUUGUCUUGAGGGAAAUUUACUAUCAUGAAAAGGUCAAUUAAACAUCCACCGCUUCCCAGUGUUGAUCAUUCCUUUAUGGGGGAAGUUCUUCUUGCUUAAUUUAUUGACCUUAAUGACCUUAUAUAUAUUACAUUAUAUUUAUUUAUUUAAAAAAGCCCUUGAUGAGGUGUCCUAGCCUCCUGUAACCUGGCGGGUGGCUACGUGAUCAUACCCUCCUGGAAACUGAAAUAUGAAACUCUGCUAUUCUGAGCGGAGAGAACAUCUGAACGCUCCUGGAUAAGACACACUCGUAGGAAUCGAGGGCAGUGCUGUGACGUGACAAACGCUAGCUUUUACUUUACAGUCGCUAUCGGGAAUUACAGAAACCAUGGCAUGACUGCACUAGGAUACGCACUGCUCAGAGAUGAUGCCAGCAGCAGCCUCGACCUGAGCUAGCUCCCUUUCUGACUGAGGGAAAGGGGCAACGAAGGAGCAGGGAAGUGAUGGGGGAAACUGAUGAUGAGCGGAGUUCUCAGGCCAGCCAGCUGUUUGAGAACUUCGUUCAGGCCUCCACGUGUAAAGGCACCCUCCAGGCUUUCGGCUUGCUGUGCAGGCUGCUGGAGCUCGACCCGGCCGAUCAACGAGGCUUUUACAGCAACCUGAAAGCGGCCGUCACCUCUUGGAAGGCCAAAGCCCUGUGGACCAAGCUGGACAAACGAGCCAACCACAAGGAGUACAAGAAAGGCAGAGCAUGCGAAGAUGUCAGGUGUCUGAUCAUCGGCGGAGGCCCCUGUGGGUUGCGUACAGCCAUAGAGUUAGCUCUCCUCGGCGCCAAAGUGGUGGUGAUCGAGAAGAGGGACUCGUUCUCCAGGAACAACGUUCUCCAUCUUUGGCCUUACACCAUCCACGACCUCAGGAACCUCGGCGCUAAGAAGUUCUACGGCAAGUUCUGCGCCGGAGCCAUAGACCAUAUCAGUAUUCGUCAGCUGCAGCUGAUCCUGCUGAAGGUGAGUCUCAUCGUCGGGGUGGAGGUGCACCUCAACGUCGAGUUCCUCAAACUCCGGGAGCCGCCUGAAGAGCAGGGAAAUGACGGACCUGGAUGGAGAGCAGAAAUGCAUCCCGCUAGUCACCCCAUCUCCGACUACGAGUUCGAUGUGUUAAUAGGAGCAGACGGACGGAGAAGCACGCUAGACGGUUUCAGAAGGAAGGAGUUCCGAGGCAAGCUGGCCAUCGCCAUCACGGCCAACUUUGUGAACCGCAACACCACAGCGGAGGCGAAAGUGGAGGAGAUCAGCGGUGUGGCCUUCAUCUUCAACCAGAAGUUCUUCCUGGAGCUUAAGGACGAAACGGGGAUUGAUUUGGAGAAUAUUGUAUACUACAAGGACAACACUCACUACUUUGUCAUGACCGCGAAGAAGCAGAGUUUGCUGGAUAAAGGUGUUAUUAUUCACGAUUACAUUGAGACAGAACGACUCCUGCACAGUGACAACGUCAAUCAGGAGGCUCUGCUCUCCUAUGCCCGGGAGGCGGCUGACUUCGGCACCAACUACCAGCUGCCAUCUCUGGACUACGCCAUGAACCACUACGGACAGCCUGACGUAGCCAUGUUCGACUUCACCUGCAUGUAUGCGUCGGAAAACGCUGCACUCAUAAGGGAGAAGAACGGACACCAGCUGCUGGUAGCUCUGGUUGGAGAUAGCCUUCUGGAGCCCUUUUGGCCCAUGGGGACAGGAUGUGCUCGAGGUUUCCUAGCUGCUUUUGACACGGUGUGGAUGGUGCAGGGUUGGACUCAGGGCAAAGCUCCUCUGGAGCUGCUGUCCGAGAGGGAGAGCAUCUACAGGCUGCUGCCUCAAACCACAGCAGAAAACAUCAGUAAGAACUUUGAGCAGUACACCAUCGAUCCUGCAACUCGCUACCCCAACCUCAACUCCACUUGUGUCCGACCGCACCAGGUUCAGCAUCUGUACAUCAAUGGCGAGCAGAACUCGUGUUCACUGGAGCGAAGUGGACCUACACGCAGGUCUGUCAGUAUCUCCAGGAAAGAAUCGGAGGUGCGGCCCAGCCGCUUGUUGCUGUGGUGUCAGAAGCAGACGCAGGGCUACAGAGGAGUAAAUGUUACUGACCUCACGACAUCCUGGAGGAGCGGCCUCGCCCUGUGUGCUCUCAUCCACCACCAACGCCCAGAGCUCAUUGAUUUUGAUUCUCUGAAUGAGGUGGACAGCGCCAAGAACAACCAGCUCGCGUUUGAGGUGGCCGAGAGAGCGUUCGGCAUCCAGCCGCUCAUCACGGGGAAGGAAAUGGCGGCUGAGCAGGAGCCCGACAAACUCGUCAUGGUGCUCUACCUGUCCAAGUUCUACGAAAUGUUCCGCAACUCCUCCCUACCUGCUUCAGGGGCUCCGAGAGAGACCAACGAGAACAAUGAAGACAUUUCAUCCAAGCCCAAUAACUCUGUUUACAACUUAAUGAACCUUGCGCUGCCCAGGAAACGGAUUCCAAAGGAUGACAAAAGGGUCGAAGACAACGACUUGAACAAGAAGAGAAGAAAAGGCAUCAGCUACCUGGAAGAGCUGUCCAAACAGAGUACUUCGACUGCAGUGGAGGAGGGUGAGCAAAAGGAGAAUAAAGUGCGCUCCAUGGCAACUCAGCUUCAGGCAAAGUUUGAGGAGAACGCACCUAGCUGUGUCCUGCGUCGACAGGUUAACCUGCGGAAGGAGUUUGCUCCCGGGAUGGGCGGCAGUGACACCUGCCACUUCUGUAAGAAGCGUGUGUAUGUUAUGGAGCGACUAAGUGCAGAGGGCUACUUCUUCCACCGAGAGUGUUUCCGCUGUGAUGUCUGCAGCGCCACCCUGAGGCUGGGAGGACACGUGUUUGACCAAGGCACUUUUUACUGCAAGCUGCACUUUUCCCAGCGCAGAUCCAGCCACAGGCUUCGAAAGCCAGAGGUCCACAGAGGCGACGUGUCCGUGCCCGAUGAUGGCGAUGGGUACUCCGCCAGCGGGAGCCUCCACAGCCAGCCUUCAGACACACUAGGAAUAAGUUCAUUGCCCAAGGAAGACCGCAUCCAGAAAGUUCUGCAGGAUACUGAGAAUAUGCCGGAGAGUUCAUCCGAGCCCAUCACCAACAGCAGUUCUGGAGACCUUUCAGUUCAGGAUGUUGCCACAAAGUCUGAGCCGCUCGGUCCAAGCUCUCCUCAGGUCAACAUAGUGGAGCGCUCUUACACCAGAGGAGAAAUCACCUUCCGAAGCAAUCGCUGGAAAAGGAAGAUCAGAGCAACUUUGCCUCUGAUUUUUGUUAAGCCGUUUGAGCAAAAACAGGGAGGAGAUGAUGCACUCAUAGAAGAAGACGGAGAUUCGGAUUUUGAGGAGAUACAUGCACCGCAGGAACCUGAAAAUCAUGCUGCAGACCCUCACUGCCCUCUACAAGAGGAGCCAGAGCAAUCCGCUGUAGUUGAUAUUCCCCAUUAUCGCACUCAUGGAAUUUCAUCCAUUCCCAAAUCUAUCACAUGUUCUCCAGCGCAGCAACUCGACACUUCCACAUUUGCACCAGACCAGCAGAGCGCUUUCAACCUAAAGAAAAAGCUCACUCUGUCUUCGUUCGAGAAGGAGAGGCUGCUGAAUUGGGACCUGACUACUCCUGGAACAUUUUCAUCAAUGUCUAUGACCAGCGAUCAAGCAGAAAGGUAUGGCCGAAGACCCGAAAACUCGACGAAACCUCAGACCAGUCCAGAAUCUCAAUCAGUGCCGAGUCCAGCCCCUGCUGAACCUGAGCACAGCCCUCCUCUCUCAGGCUUCCAGCUGUGGGCCAGCACUCUGAGGAGAUCCUUCUCUGGAGCAGGAAACAACCCCAAAGUGAUCAGAAGAAACCGUCCUCCCAGAGCCAGGCCGCUGUCCGAGGGCUCCUUCAGCUUCAGCUUCCUGUUUGGUGUGUCUGCUCAGAACCAGGAAGAGGACGUGGUGCAGAGCAGAGCAGAUACAGAAGGAAGCCAAAUCAGAACAGCAGGCGUGAGCGAGAUCACAGCCAUGUUGGAGCAGGUGACACUCUGCAACAAGCCGUCGGGGACUACCAAAGACGACAUGGCCUCCCUGCCACCAAGGAAGCUCAACUUCUUCUCCUCAAUGCGGCUGAAGAGGAACGAGGGAGGAGACCGGAGUAAAAUGGACAACCAGACCAAGGACACCUGGAGCAUUCUGUCCAAAUUCAGAAACAAAGCAUCGUCACAACAGCAACAACAAGCGGAAGAUGACUAUUCAUCCAGUGAGGAAGACCAGAAAUCCAUCACACAAAGGUCUGACUCAGGCCAGUCGGAGAGACAGAGCAAGCAGCAGGAGAAAACACUCAUCAUGCAAACCAAGAGAGAGCAGCUGAAACGACUUCACAGGGCUCAGGUUAUCCAGAGGCAGCUGGAGGAGGUUGAGGAGAAGCAGAGAGCUCUUGAGGAGAAGGGAGUAGUUCUGGAGAAGGUCCUCAGAGGAGAGAGUGAGGACGCAUCAGCAGACGAGGCCGAGCUCCUGCACACGUGGUUUAGACUCGUCCUGGAGAAGAACAAGCUGGCCAGAUACGAAUCGGAGCUCAUGAUCUUUGCAAAGGAGCUGGAGCUGGAGGACAGACAGAGUCGGCUACAGCAGGAUCUCAGACGCAGGAUGGCCACCGAAGACUGUAAGAAGAGCGCUGCGGAGCUGGCGGAGGAACAGGCCCUGCUGGGCGAGGUGAUGAAGGUGGUGGAGGAAAGAGAUCGUCUGGUGAGCCUGCUCGAGGAACAACGGCUGCAGGAGAAAGCCGAGGACCACGACCUCGAGAGCCUCAUCCUCUCCAAGGGCUACCAGUUUCACUGGUCAUGACCCCCCCCCCCUCCCCCCCCCCCC